GUUCAUACAACUGUUCCGCAGUGCAGAAGUCAAAAUGGCUGGAGUACGGGGGAUUUGUCAGUUUCAUCUGCGUCGUUUUUCUACCCUCCAACUGUCCUCAAACAGACAUGUGGCCAUUUUGGGGCCAUCAGCCUCAGGGUACACUGGUGCACACUCAAACCAGCCAACAAAACCAAGUCGUUCUUACGUCACCUGGCUCAAGCAGAAGCAGCUGGACAAUAAGCUGUUGCGGAGAAUCUCAGUCCCACAGAUUUUGAUACAAGCACGUUCAAUGUUCAUCCAGACCCAAGAUACUCCCAACCCUAACAGUCUCAAGUUUCUGCCUGGUGUGGAAGUUUUGGAGAGUGGAACCUUCGACUUCCCCAACCCCCAGUCGGCCCACUGUUCUCCUCUAGCAAAAAUGCUGUUCCGCAUUGACGGUGUCCGAGGUGUUUUCUUUGCAAAAGAUUCUGUUACAGUAACAAAAGCGGAUGAUGACUCAGACUGGGCGCUCCUCAAACCCGAGAUUUUUGCUGUGAUCAUGGAUUUUUUCGCCAGUGGCCUUCCUGUGCUGACCGACGAGAAACCUGCGGGUGAUACUGUGAUUGACGAUGAUGACGAUGAGACGGUGGCCCUCAUUAAGGAGCUGUUGGAUACACGCAUCAGACCAACGGUUCAGGAAGAUGGAGGGGACAUCAUUUACAUUGGUUUCCAAGAUGGCAUUGUUCGGCUCAAGAUGCAGGGCUCGUGCAGCAGCUGUCCCAGCUCGGUGGUGACCUUGAAGCAUGGCGUCCAGAACAUGCUGCAGUUCUACAUCCCCGAGGUGGAGGGGGUGGAGCAGGUGGUUGAUGAGGUGGAGGCGUUGUCCAAUGAAGAAUUCCGCAAACUGGAGGACCAGCUGUCCAAGAAGUCUUGAGCUUUGGGCGUCUGCUCCGACUUGUCGUGUUGUUCCCUGGAUGAAGAGGACGCGGUGCAGUCUCAAGAAGAACAAGUUCUCCACACGUUAAAACCAGAAGUUCACUAGCAAAGUUUUGUACUCACCCUGGGUCGCAGGCUCAAACCAAGCCCAGAGUUGUUCUUGCGACGGCGAUGAUGUUCCUUAAUUUAUCUUUGUCCUCCCUUCCCUAAGCUUCGAGUACUUUGGUCAAUAAAAAUGUUUUAGGCCUGCCUCUGAGAAACCUGCGCUCUUAGAUUUGUAAAUAUAUAUGUACAUGUUCAGUUAUGUAUAAUUUUGUUUGAUAUACUCAAGAUGAAAAGAAUGUCUGUGAAGAAAAGGGGAAAAAAUAAAAAAUCUUGUCAGCUACA